AUGUAAGGCAGCUAUGACAAUAUCGCCUCCAAAGAGUUUGAUAAUAAAAAUAUCAAUGAUGGCAAAAUAUCUAAAAAUGGAAGGAAGGUAAUUUUAGAUAUAAGCAACUAUAACAUCGCGCAUGAAAACUUCUGGGGCAAUAACAAAGGGUAGAUCAGAGUAAAAGAAAUGAGACAAACUAUUGACGAGAUCAAAGAACAAUAUGAUCAGAGAAUAUUUCUUCAUGAAAAAUUUAAAAGACUUAUAAAUUAUAAGGAAAGAGUAGGUAGUGUAGAACCUAGAUGUUAGAUAACAAAUGGAUUGGACUCUCCAAAGAACUAUAGCAUUAUAGAACCAGGUUUGAAUACUAACAAUAUUCAAAUUGGCAAUAAUGAUAACUUCAAGCUCCAUUAAUAGUAUUAUGAUUAAAAUUAUCUUCACAAACGAUCAGAGAAAUUGCGCAGAUUAGCAGACAAAAAUUGCUAGUAUAAGCAUGAGUUAGUCAACAGUAGCCUUGAAUCUAUCAUUGAGUCCUUAGAUAUUAUUCUGAAUGGAAUAAAGAAUUAUCAGACAGAUAACAUUGAUAUUCAAAGAUAUUUGAAUGCCCACUAGAAUUCUUUAUUACAACUAAUGGGGAAUCUUUAGAGCAGAAAUUUUUUCGAAUUUGCCAUUUAAAUAUAAUCAUACUCAAGAUAGCCAUUUCUGACUGAUUAGUUGACUCCAAUUGAAUUGGAAUCGGAUUUGCAGAUUAUUGGACUUGUGAAUCAAUUAUUGCUGCAUAAAUAGGAUGAGAGCUACCAAAAUGUUUUAGCUCAGAAAGUUUAAAUCAUUUACAAUAAGUACUAGAAAUUUAUUAAGAACUACUAAGAUAUUUAGCUUGAGUUAAAAAUACCUGACAUUGAGAUUCUAAACGCUGCUAAUCGUCCCACCAAUUUUAUGAGGAGAAAGAAGAAGUCAAUGAACAGAAUUGAUUUAACUUAAGUUUUGCCAAGUGUGCAUUUAGAGAAGAAAUCUAAAAGAGAACAAUAGUAGAGGUCAGUCUCAGUUGGAGUUAACAGAAGAAACAUUAAGAAAUUACUUAAUGCUAGUAACAUUAUGGUGUAAUUAAACGAUAGAUAGGCAUCUUAGGAUGACAUACCAAUGCUAGAAAAUAAGAACAGCAUUGAUGAAAAUGGUGCGAAUUUCGAAAGCUAAUUCUAAUAUUACGAUACUAAUCCUCGUGAAAAUACGUCGAUCAUUGAUAUGGCUUAGACAACUAAACAUCAAGAUUUAAGAAAAGGAUUGAGAACAUCCAUUAAUAAAAGAAAGCUUCAUAAUAGAAGCGAAAUUUCUCCAAGACUGAAUGACUCAGUUAAAAAUGCUUCACAUAACAUCACUCACCUUUAUCCUAAUCACUAUCAAACGACUAAAUCUUCAUUAGUUCAAAUGCAUCAACCCAAAAAGAACAAAAUUAGAUAAUGGAAUAGCCUUUUUAGAUAAAACCCUCACGUAGUAUCUAUUCUUUUAAAGUAGAUAGACAAGUAUAUAAAAGGGAAUGUAACUUCAAACAUCAGCCAUCAGUCAAGCAUUCUAUAGAGGAAUCUAUAAGUAAACAAAAAUAAAGACUCUAAGAUCCCUAAAUUAUAGGUUUAAAAUUAUGAUUAUCAAUGA